UUAGUAUAUAUUAAUGCAUUUAUAUAUACAUAUAUAUAUAAAUAUUAUAAAUGAAAAACAACAAGCCAAUAAUUUUGACAAGUAAUCCAGAAAAUGAAUUUGAACUAAUACAAAGAGUUGGUAGUGGAACAUAUGGAGAAGUUUUUAAGGCUCGUGUUAAAGCAACAGGAGAUUUGGCAGCUGUCAAAAUUAUUAAUGUAGAACCAGGAGAUAAUUUUGAGAUCAUACAACAAGAAAUAUGUUUAAUGCAAGAUUGCAGACAUCCAAAUAUUGUGCAAUAUCAUGGGAGUUAUCUCAGAAAAGAUAAACUUUGGAUCACAAUGGAAUAUUGUGGUGGUGGUUCUCUUCAAGAUGUAUAUCAUGUGACUGGUCCGUUAACAGAGGUAAUGGUUGGCUCAGUUUGCACCGAAAUGUUAAAAGGCCUAGAUUACAUGCACAAGCAACAUAAAAUUCACAGAGACAUUAAGGGGGCAAAUAUACUGCUAACAAUUGAGGGAGAUGUAAAAUUAGCUGAUUUUGGGGUUGGGGCACAAAUUACAAGUACAAUUGGAAAAAGAAGUUCUUUUAUUGGAACACCUUAUUGGAUGGCACCUGAAGUAGCUGCUGUAGAAAGAACUGGAGGAUACAAUUUUGCUUGUGACAUAUGGGCUGUUGGAAUAACAGCUAUUGAAAUUGCUGAAUGUCAACCACCGCUGUUUGAUUUACAUCCAAUGAGAGCAUUGUAUUUAAUAUCAAAGAGAAACUAUUCGCCUCCAACAUUAAAAAACAAAAAUAAAUGGUCAGCAUCGAUGAAAGAUUUCCUAAAAUUAGCGCUUACCAAAAAUCCUAAAAAACGACCAACAGCAGAAAAACUUUUACAGCAUCCAUUUUGUCAAGGAAGGUUUGUUCGAAGCUCAAUUCGAGAACUUCUUGAAAAAUUUGAUAUACUUAAACAGACUAAAAAAAGAUUUUAUCAAAGUGAUGCAAGCGAAGAAGAAGAAAAGGCUGAAAAAGAAAUGGAAAAAACUGUAAAGAGAAUAACGUCUAAGAAAAACAAAGCAAAAAAAGAUGAAGUAAAAUAUCCUGAAAAAAAUGCACAACCUGUUAAAAAAGAAACUGAGCCUCAGAGAGCAGAAACUCUCCAAAGAGAAGAACAAGAUUCUACUAUAAAACAAGAUCCUAAUCAACCAAUGUUACCACAUGCAUCUUUUAAUGUUCCAAAGCUUCUUCCCAGAAAAGUUAGUGCAAUAAAUGAGAUAAAGGAAACAGAUUCUAAACCACCUCCAAUCCCAUUGAAACCAAAGCAAAGUGAAUCAGCAUUACUGGCUACAAGUGAAAAUCUCCUUGUUCCCCCUCCUUUACCACCCAGAAUACCUGCACAUGAAAGACCUAUCUCUCAAGUUUUUUCUCCAAAAACCUCUAAAAACUGCUUCAAUAAAAUUUUCCAUGAAUGUCCUAUUACUUUUACUUGUUCUACUAGUUGGACUCAUCCUGAAACAAAAAAUCAUUAUCUGAUAUUUGCAUCUGUUGAAGAUGGAAUCUAUAGCUUAAACUUAGAUGAUUUGGAAAAUAUUGAAAUGUUUCAGAUAUUUCCACGUUCUUGUAAAUGGGUGUACGUUGUUAAAAAUAAACUUAUUUCUAUCUCUGGAGAACCAUCCCAUGUUUACAUGCACUGCUUGUUGCAAAUGCAUUCAGUUCAGUCACGUGAACAGUUUGCUUCAGUUAUUAAGGUAUCACCACAUACUUCUAAGGUUCCUGGUUCAUCGAAUGCUCAAAAAUGCUGUGUGGCUCACAAUCCGUACAAUAAUCAAUUGUAUUUAUUUGUUGCAAUGAAAAAUUCAAUUCUUCUGCUGCAGUGGUAUGACCCAUUACAAAAGUUCAUGAUAGUUCGAAAUUUUGAGAUAGAACUUCCAACAGAUUUAUUAACAUUUGAAGCAAUUGUUCAAAAGGAAAGUGAAUACCCAAUAUUAUGUGUUGGUGCCUAUGAGAGAUCGGAUUGUACCAUCCUGCUUGAUAAACUAGACAUUGAGAAUAAAACACCAUGGGAGUUAAAACAAGAAUACAAGCGAAUUGAUGUGAAGGCAUUUUCUCAGCUUGAAAAAAAUGUUAUUUUAAUUGCUUAUGAAGAGAAAGUAGUUUUCGUGGACGUAAAUGGAAAUAAGAUCAGCAGUACUCCGAAUUGUUUAACUGAGUUACAUUUUAGUUAUCCAAUUAAUUCUGCUGUUUGUUUACCAGGAAGUGUACUGACAUUUAAUUCAAAUGGAAUUCAAGGAAAAAGUGUAAUAGAUGGCCAGGUAACUGCACAGUUUACAGACUCAUCUAGACUAUAUAAGCUACUUGGGUCAGACAGGAUUGUGGUGAUUGAAAGUCGAGUUCGAACUGAAAGAGUUUCUAAUUUAUACAUUCUAGCAAGUAGCUAACUGUAUUCCUCACGUUAUUGUUGUUAUCUUUCAGCUUUUAUAUUGCAAAUUACUAUGUUUAGGUAAUAUUUUUAUCAUUUUUUUUUACUUAGGCUGAUUUUAAAGUUUUGAUAUGUUUAUAUAUUUUUUUUACUUUUAAUUUUUGUAAAGAAAGUAAAAGGUUUAAUCAAACACAAAACUUCUGCAAUU